AUGUAUUUUGUUAGUGCAAUGCUUAGAUCAGCAAUAAAAAUAACAAGAUGUGGUUCCAUUAAAGUCAAGCGAGUUUCUAAUUUACAUGAAAUUUGUAGAAUUAGUCGGAAUUACUAUGCAGCUUCUACACUCAUUAAUGAAAAAAGAAAAGAAAGUUUACUAGGAGGAGGGAAAACAAAGCAAGAUGCUCAACAUGCAAAAGGAAAAUUGACAGCACGAGAAAGAAUCCAACUAUUAUUAGAUAAAGGGUCCUUUCGAGAAUAUGAUGCCUUUGUUGAACAUGCCUGUACUGAUUUUAAUAUGGAAGAAACUAAAAUAGCGGGUGAUGGUGUGGUAGCUGGACAUGGUACUGUUUAUGGUCGUCGAAUAUUUGUUUAUAGUCAAGAUUUUACUGUCUUUGGAGGCUCACUCAGUCGUACAAAUGCAAAUAAGAUUGUGAAAGUAAUGGAUCAGGCUUUAUUAGUAGGAGCGCCUGUGAUCGGACUUCAGGAUUCUGGAGGAGCUCGUAUUCAAGAAGGUGUUGAUUCUCUUGCAGGGUAUGCUGAUAUCUUUCAAAGGAAUGUACUUGCUUCAGGUGUCAUUCCACAAAUUUCUCUUAUCAUGGGACCUUGUGCAGGUGGUGCAGUCUAUUCACCUGCUUUAACUGAUUUUACAUUUAUGGUUCAGGAUACUUCAUCCAUGUUUGUAACAGGACCUGAUGUAGUCAAGACAGUUACAAAUGAACAAGUCUCUCAAGAGGCAUUAGGAGGUGCUCGAAUUCAUACUACAAAAUCAGGUGUAGCUCAUCUUUCCUUUACAAAUGACAUUGAAGCCUUACAGAAUCUGAGGGAAUUUUUAACCUAUUUACCUUCUUCAAAUCGUGAUCCAGUUCCAAAGCAAUCCUGUGAAGAUCCUAUAGAUCGACAGGAUGAAGCUUUAGAUACUAUUAUACCCUCUAACUCGAGUCUUGCCUAUGAUAUGAAAGAAGUGAUUCAUAGAAUAGUAGAUAUUCAUUCUUUCUUUGAAAUAUCACCUUUCUUUGCAAGUAAUAUAUUAAUAGGAUUUGCUAGAUUAAAUGGAGAAUCAGUAGGUAUUAUAGCUAAUCAACCUUUAGUUUCUUCUGGUGCCCUUGAUAUGGAUGCUUCUAUAAAGGCAGCUCGAUUCAUACGUUUUUGUGAUGCAUUUCAUAUACCUUUAAUUACGUUAGUGGAUGUACCUGGAUUUAUGCCUGGAACAAGUCAAGAACAUUCUGGUAUUAUACGACAUGGAGCUAAAUUAUUAUAUGCCUAUUGUGAAGCCACUGUUCCUAAAUUAACUGUCAUUACACGCAAGGCCUAUGGAGGUGCCUAUAUAGUGAUGAGUUCAAAACAUCUACGUGGUGAUUACAAUAUUGCAUGGCCUACUGCUGAAAUUGCAGUAAUGGGAGCAACAGGAGCAGUAGAGAUUAUAUUUAGAAAACAUCCAGAUAAAGCGGCAAUGAGAAAAGAAUAUAAAAACAAGUUUACUACACCUCUUUUUGCAGCUAAAAAAGGAUAUUUAGAUGAUAUUAUUCAACCAAGCGAAACACGUAUAAAACUGAUUGAACAAUUAGAUGUACUGAAAACGAAAGCUUUAAAAAACCCCUGGAAAAAGCAUGGAAAUAUACCACUCUAA